AAUGCUGCCUUGUCCCUCUCUACAUCCUGCAAAAAGCCCACACUUCUUCCCUCCCUCGUUUUAGAGAGAGAAACAAAAUGCAGCAGAUUUUCAUAUAACUCAGGUAUCUCUAAAUUCUGAGCUUUACUUGAUCCAUACUUCUAAACCCUUUGUUGUUACACAAUUCACUUGCAAAUUUAGUAAUUUCGAUCAUAAUUACUUGAAUUUUUAUGUUUUUUCAAACGUUCGGAGUAGAAUUUUCGUUCAUCUGGUGUUUUUUCGUUGAUUUCGCUCUAAUCAUGAUUUUUAGUUGCUUACGCAUAGGACUUGAUGAGAAAUAUAUGCAUACAGAGAGAUCAAACUGAAGAAAUUGGGCAAAUAAGCACAGCGAGAACUAAAUUUUAUUUAAACUCUACAAUUAGAACGAGUAUCUGAAAUUACUGAAAACAUUGCGUAGAUAUAAACCAACUUUCUUUUUUGAAGCUUCCGAUUAUAGUAUUUACUAUUUUUUUCAUUGAUGUUUUAAAUAUUUUUAUAUAUUUAAUUUCUAUUUUACUUUUUGGAGUGUAAAUACGAGGAUUCUUUUGUAUAUCAGUUACUAGUUCAUCCUGGAUUGCCAGAUUAGUAAAUCUGGGUGGGUUGUUUUACUUUAUCGUCUUCAGAUGUGGAUCAGAGGAGAAGGACAACAAAUCAAACAACCUGUACCUUUUCUUUUUCCUUUUUUCUUUCCCCCUUUUUGCUUUAGGUCGAGAUCAUAGAUUUAUAAAGUGAUAACUUGUUGGUUUGGGGGGGAGUAAUUGAAGUUGGAAUAAACAUGAUCCAGAUUUUGAUCCGAUUCCAAUUUGAAACACACGUAUUAGAUAAUUCAAGAGAUAAACUUGAUAUGAAUAUAGAUCGAGUAAUUACCACGUUCUAACCCUAGGAGAUAUUGCUCUGAUCAUUGAAAGGUCAACAUCAUCUUGGAAUCAGUUUAAGGUGUUUGUUUGACCAUGGCGAACUGUGAAGAAGCAAAGAAUUGUAAGCCUGAAGUAACAUCUUCUUCACCUCCUCAAGAGCAGGAACAGCAGCAGCAGCAGCAGACCAGUCAUGUGUAUCCUGAUUGGGGAGCCAUGCAGGCUUACUAUGGCCCAAGAAUGGCUAUCCCACAUUACUUCAACUCAACUGUUACAUCUGGUCAUUCACCUCCACCUUACAUGUGGGGCCCACUACAGCAUAUGAUGCCACCUUAUGCUGCAAUCUAUCCACAAGGUGUUUAUUCACAUCCAGGGGUUACUGUUGCUGCAAGUCCUAUGCAUGUUGACUCUCCUGCCAAGUCAUCAGGGAAUUCAGAUCGAGGAUUGAUUAAGAAAUUGAAAGUAUUUGAUGGGUUGGCAAUGUCAAUAGGGAAUGAAAAUGGAAUCUCUCACAGUGGGGAGACUGAAGGUUCUAGUGAAGGAAGUGAUGGAAAUACAACAGAGGGAGCUAAAAGUGGUCAGAAAAGAAGCCGUGGUGGAUCAUCUACAAGUUCUGAAAUUGGCAAGACAGAUGACCAACUUCCUUCCACCAAUGAAAAUGGAAGCUUAAAGAAAGUGACAGGUGUUGCUGUUACUCCAACUAAUGUUAACAUGGUUCAGAAUGAGAGAGAAUUGAAAAGGGAGAGAAGAAAACAGUCUAACCGUGAAUCCGCCAGGAGGUCACGCUUAAGGAAACAGGCUGAAGCAGAAGAACUUGGAACAAGAGUUGAAUCUCUCACUAGUGAAAAUUUGACACUCAAAUCCGAGAUUAACCGAUUAACUGUUAAUUCAUCAAAUCUGAAGCUUCAAAAUGCUAAAUUAAUGGAAAAACUCAAAAAGUCACAAAUUGAACAAGACACAGAAGACCCAAGGCUAGACAAAAAGGGGUUGUCUCUGAGCACUGCUAACCUUCUUUCCAGAGUCGAUAAUGGUUCUGGUUCUAGUACUGGUACUGAUACUGAUACUGAUACUGGUGGUUCAGGUGCAACACUACGUCAGCUUUUGGGUGCUAGUCCCAGGGCUGACGCGGUUGCUGCUGGAUAACCCACAAAAGAUUAUAAUUAAUGUCUUUUGUGUUUUAAUUGUUAAAAGUUAAUUGUGUAAUUUGGGUGUAUUUAUGUGAUGAAAUUAGUUCUAACGGUUAAGUAGAGAGAAUUAAUGUUAUUAUCUUAAACAGGAAGUGUGAGUGAGUUUUAGAAAUUUGUGCAGCAA